GGAACGAACUAGCACCAGGACACCCGAAGUCUGCGAUCCUGAUCAGCGCGUUUCCAUGCAAUAGUGUGCAACAAUGGUUGCGACAGCAGUGCCCGAACUCUACGAGGACGACGCCCACUCCGUUGUCGACGUGCGAACCGACAGCCUCCAGACCCUCCGCGAACUCGGCCCUCCUGAUCUGGUGCACUUGACCAAGGCUCCCGCCAACAACAAGUCGGUCUCGAAGCAGGUCGGCGUGUACCACCAUGUCACGGGAGUCGAUGCAUCGUCGUCAGCCAGCUUGGCAGCAUACAUCAACACAUUGACCUACGCUCCGAGCAACAACACCAACAAGGUGAUAUCGGGCACCUACUGCUGCUACAAUGCCUUCUCACGAGUCGACAUGCGCGUGCAAGUACAAAUACCGGGGACGGUGGAAAGCUAUUGUGUGGACGAGCGCGGGAAUAAGCUGGAAGCAACAGAAGAGCAUUGGCUGGAGACGUAUCUAUGCAGUGUACUGCGCGCAUACUCGUAUGCAGACACGGGAUCUGGCGAUGUCAUCAAGCGCAUCAUUGGCGUCAGGCGGUUUAAUCCUGUUCAGAGCACCGAGCAAGAGCAGCGUUUUCUUGACGCAGCAGAGAAGCUUUUCUUCAGUGGUUGGCAACUGGGCUCCGACCCAGAGAUACAAGUGCCCAAUCUCGUGUCCAAUCACCUCACAUCCGGACUCUUACACUACUUCAAAACGACGGGACGAUUUGCAUCGGGCAUCAAUCUUUUUGAGAAGUUGCGCAUGCGAGAUCCAGAAAUCUCCUCCCUCCUCGCAAAGGUAUACCUUGCCGCUGACGAAGAGGUGAAGGCGGUACAGCUGCUUCAUGAAGCCGUGCAGGAGCUCCCAAUGGACUAUUCUAUAUUGGACACGCAGGCGGAAUUCUGCAAUCGCAAAGGCCGCGCGGAUCUGGCAUUGGAACUGGCCAAGCGCGAAGUAGUAUCUGCACCGAGCGAGUUCUGUACAUGGGCACGGCUGGCAGAAGUAUAUGUCAGCAUGGAACGAUGGGACAUGGCUCUGCUGACUCUAAACUCGUGUCCGAUGUUUACAUACCAGGACAAGGAUGCACCACGUCUACCAGAACCAGUUCGUAUAUCAUUACCACUCGCUCCGGAGACGAUAUGCGACGAAAUUGACGACGCUGGUGCGACACCCGAUGCGGAUGUAGUACAUCCGACACUCAGGAGACUCUCAGCCGGGAAUUACAAAGGAACAUUCUUGAAAGCGUAUAUCCUUCUCACGGAAAUCACCAAGAAGAUCGGCUGGGAUCAGCUGUUGAAGAUUCGCAGUCAGGUGUUCGUGAUGGAAGAGGAGUACAGGCAAGAAAGACAAGGACCUGCGGGCAGCAGAGGCGCUAGCACGACGGCACUACGUGGCAACGACACCCCACAGCCCAACGGUCACGCACUGCAACAAGAUGACGAGCAAUCCGAUCCCGACACGGACGAUAUGAUCAAUGCUGAGAACGAGCCCUCAGCAGCGUCGUCGCACCUGGACGCGGAUAUGUCCAAGCCUACUACUUCAGUCACUGCGCAUUCUGAUGCCGAAACCUCGCAACCGCAGGCUCCAAACACCGAUCCAGCACAUCAGCAAUAUACCCAAUUCCAGCAUAAGCGACUUUGUGAGCGAUGGCUCGAUAAUUUGUUCAUGGUCCUUUAUGAAGAUUUGCGCAUUUAUACAAUCUGGCGGACUGAGGCAUCACAGUACAAGCAACAGCAGAUGGCUUAUAAGAAAGCCGCCGAGGAAUGGGAAAUACUUGGUGACCUUGCGGAACGUCUGCAUCAUCCCGACGAGGCCAUUGAAGCCUGGCAAGCAUGUCUCAGCAUGCGAUUUAGCCCCAAGGCCAUGCGAGGCGUCCUCAAGCUGUAUCAGCAGCAAUCAGAUGGGCGAGGCAUGCUGGGAGCUCUCAUACGGCUGAUCGCGUGGCAGUACAGAUGGUACUCCGAAUUCUCACCCGAUCUCCUUCGUACGAUCCGCAAUCUGAUUGAGGAUGAAGGUGCGGUAAAGGUUCGAAGCAUUGUGCAGGCCACAAGCUUACCACAAUCGAUACUCGACCUCACGCACAACUAUGCGGCGCUCUGUGCGGCUUUCCGGAGUUCUGGGAGCGAGGGUUAGACUCGCCCAGACCUGCUGAAACUAUUGUUUAGCAAGCGACGUGAGAGCUUCGUUGACGGCUUAAUUCAUCUAGCGUAAUCACACCAAAACUCACUUGGUGGACGCUACGCCCAUGGCCACAAUCACUGCCGUCAGCGCUGCGCCAGGUCGUCGGCACAUGUCUGUGAUGGUGUGGAUCACAGCCUGAAGUAUUGCAGCCUUGGGUAUGAUACGGCGACACACAGUGCAUACACACUUGGAGGGGCAGCGCGCAUGCUCGCUCAUCGAUCAUCGUAACACCCAAUAAAAAUGGUAUCAUAUCCACGCCACCUCACUC